CGGGCGAGGCAGCGGCUGGGCGGGCAGUCCGAGCUGCAGCACCUCCGAGGCCGGACAGCUCCCAGGCCCCCUCCCUCCCAGCCGCCGGGCGCCUUCCCGGCCGGAGAAGCCCCCCUCUGCCCCCGCCAGGAAGUCGCUGAGGCUGGAGCAGAGAGGAAAAGGAAGAGGAGGAAGAGCCCCAACCAGCUCCGCUCCCAAAGUUGGCCCCAACUUCCCGGCGCCGCCAUGGAAGGCAAAGAACCCCAGCUGAAAGGAAUUGUGACAAGGUUAUUUAGCCAGCAGGAAUAUUUCCUGCAGAUGCAUCCAGAUGGGACGAUUGAUGGAACCAAGGACGAAAACAGCGACUACACCCUCUUCAAUCUAAUUCCAGUGGGUCUUCGUGUGGUAGCCAUCCAAGGUGUGAAGGCGGGCCUCUAUGUGGCCAUGAAUGCCGAGGGGUAUCUCUACAGCUCAGACAUCUUCACACCAGAGUGCAAAUUUAAGGAGUCCGUCUUUGAAAACUACUAUGUUAUCUAUUCCUCUACGCUGUACCGACAGCAGGAAUCGGGGAGAGCCUGGUUUUUGGGACUCAAUAAAGAAGGGCAGAUUAUGAAAGGGAACCGGGUGAAAAAGACCAAACCAUCAUCACAUUUUGUACCAAAACCCAUAGAAGUGUGCAUGUACAGAGAGCCUUCCCUGCAUGAAAUUGGAGAGAAACAAGGCCGCUCCAGGAAAAGUUCAGGAACGCCCACCAUGAAUGGAGGCAAAGUGGUCAACCAGGACUCCACAUAGCGGAGAGGAUCGCUGCCGCUGCCACCACCACCCCCCUGCCCCCUGCAUCCGACUCCUGCCCACUCGCCCAUCCCGCCCAGCAAGUCCUCACGGAGACGACAGCGACCAACUGAGCCAGGCAGGGGCUUCCAAGGAGCGGCUGCAAGUUCAGAACUCAACCUUUCCCUCGGUCUAGGAUGGGAAGACCUUGCCUGUUGCGACGUUUUAGGAUACAGAACACCCACCCACACACCCACACACCGAGCGAAGAGGGGGUGAAACAACAACAAAGUAUAUAUUUUCAAUCAGGACUCCAUUAACAUUAUAUAUAUAUGUGUGUGUGUGUGUAUAUAUAUACUGUACAUAUAUAUAUAUAUAUACACAGCAAAACUGUUUGCUCUGUGAUCAAGGGGGAGGGAGGAAUUGAUCAUCUCUGCAUAAUAAAUAAUAAUAAUUUAAAAA